AUGUUUAUUUUUCUUUUACAUCGGAGUUCUGUUUCUAACCAUCAUCCUAAUUUCUUUCCCCUUCUCGGGUCUCUUUUUUUCUGGGUUGAAGCCUUGCCUGCCUAUUUAUUACCCCUCUUUCUCGUAUUGACUUUAUGCUAUCGUAUGAGACCUCUUUUUUUUUCAGAACGAAACUCUCUUUCUCUCUCGUGCAUCGCUUUUCUCCCUCUCAUUCACUCUCUCUAUCUCACAUCUCUUUUUUUCUGUCUCUCUUGCUCACUCAUUUCCUCUCUCUGUCAUAUCUCUUUAUUCUCUCUCUCUCACUCUGUCUCUCUCACACAUUUCUUUUCUCUCUCUCACUCUCUCUUUCUCUUACACAUCUCUUUUUCUGUCUCUCUCUCAUUCACACACUCUCACAUCUUUUUUCUCUCUCUCACUCUCUCUCACUUACUCUCAUGCAUCUUUUCUCUCUCUCUCUCUCUCUAUCACCCUCUCUCAUCUGUUUUUCUCUCUCUCUCAGUCACUCCCUCUCUGUUUCUUUCUCUCUCGCACUCUCUCUUUCUCUCACAUACGUCUCUUUUCUGUCACUCUCACUUAUUCUUUAUUCUCUCUUACACACCUCUUUUUCGCUCUCAUCUCGCACAUCGCUUUUUCUCUCUCUCUCUCUCUCUCUCACUCACACACUCUCUUCUCUCCCUCACAUCUCAUCUCAUCUCUUUCUCUGGUGAUAUCCUUUCCCCUACCACGUCUUUUUCUUGGGUCGUCUUUUAUUUUUCUCUCCCCCCACCACAACAUCUCCAUUUUUCUCUCUUUCAAAUUCGAUAUUUUCUUUUUCUUCCUGUCUCUUCUCGGAUCUCAGCCUCACUUUCUUCUCAUUUCCAUCUUCACGUUUAUUUCUCGUCAAAUCUCCGACGUCUUCUUUGCUUUCCGCUCCUUAAACACCGCCCAGCCCGCGCCCAACGAAAAAAAAAACAUCAUUAA